CACGUUGUAUUUAAAACACAAAAAUACUUUUUUAUUUUUAAACUAUAAGUAAAUAUACUUAUUAUUAAAUCAAGAAUUAAAUCAUGGGUAAAACUCGAAAUGGGAAAGCUGCUGUUGUUUGCACAGCACUUGCAUUUGUUUUGAUCGUGAUUGCAUUUACCACACCCAACUGGCUCGAAACUGACGGAAAAUUGGAAAAUCCAAAAUUUGUUAAAAUUGGAUUAUGGCAAGUGUGUUUUCAAGGAUUUGAACACCCUCAUCAUUUGUAUGAUGUUAAAUUUUAUGGUUGUUGGUGGGUGUUCGAAGAAGAAUAUUAUAUAAUUCAUGAUAUUCUUCUACCAGACUUCUUUGUUGCAACUCAAUUUUUCUUCACAUUGUGCCUAACUCUGUUAUUAAUAGGAUGUUUCCUAACUAUAUUAUAUUCCUGUUGUCCUCGCCAUCAUGACAAGUAUCAGUUGCUUUUGUGGACAACUGGUGGAAAUUUACUAUUGGGUGGAAUAUGUGGUAUUAUAGCUGUUAUAAUAUUUGGCGCAAGAGGUGAUGGUAGAGAUUGGAUGCCCAAUUGGGAGCACAAUGAUAUAAGCUGGUCUUAUGCAUUAGCUGUAGUUGGUAGUUUUAUGUUGGUCGUAGCAGGUGUACUCUUUUUGAUCGAAGGUCGUAGAUAUAAGAAAAAGCAGGAAAGAAUAUUAAAUCAAGAACAGAAGACUCAUACAACUAUCUAAUUGAAAUUGAACAUUCAUUGAUGGAUAAGUUAUUUGCAUUAUCAAAGAUCUGCACAUAGCUCUCAGUUCAAAUAUAUAUAUUU